GAUUGAUUGACAGCAGCAUGAUGACGCAUUGACAUCCUUCCUGUGACGUCCGCAAUGACACGUGUAUUCAAGAUGGCGGCGGCGAUGGAGAUGUGGACACUGUUACUGGUGUCCACGCUGCCUUUUGUAACACCCUUUUAUGUACCAGGAGUUGCGCCUAUGAAUUUCCACCAGAACAGCCCUGUUGAAAUAAAGGCUGUGAAAUUGACAAGCUCCAGAACCCAGCUGCCCUAUGAGUACUAUUCACUUCCUUUCUGUAAGCCUGGUAACAUCGUCUACAAGGCAGAGAAUCUCGGUGAGGUGUUGCGAGGGGACCGUAUCGUAAACACGCUCUACACGGUUCUCAUGAACCUGGACAAGAAAUGUGAGGUGUUGUGUAAAAAGCCAGAUAAUCCCAUCAAACUCACCGUGGAGGAGAGCAAGCUGCUAGCCGAGCGCAUCCAAGAAGAGUACUAUAUCCACCUCAUUGCAGAUAACCUCCCUGUGGCCACACGGCUGGAGCUUUAUCCUAACAAAGAGGAGGGAACGGAAGAAGAACAGAAGAAGGACACAUUGAAGGAUAUUCAGUUCGAGCAUGGCUACAGGCUCGGCUUUUCUGAAAAUAACAAGUUCUAUUUGCACAACCAUCUGUCAUUCAUCCUGUACUACCACAAAGAAAAGGUGGAGGAGGAUGUCGAACACAAUUACAGAGUUGUACGUUUCGAGGUGAUGCCAAAGAGCGUCAAAUUAGAGGAUAUUAAAGCAGAUGAGCGAGGUACAUGCACAUUACCUGAAACGGUUGCCCCCGUCCCUCAGGAGAUCGACCCAUCCAAAGAGAACAGCAUUCUCUUCACUUACUCUGUGCGCUGGGAGGAGAGUGAAGUGAAAUGGGCGUCUCGCUGGGACACGUACCUCACCAUGAGUGACGUGCAGAUCCACUGGUUCUCCAUCGUCAACUCUGUAGUCGUGGUGUUCUUUCUGUCAGGCAUCCUGAGUAUGAUCAUCAUCAGGACGCUGAGGAAGGACAUUGCCAACUACAACAGAGAAGAUGACAUUGAGGACACAAUGGAGGAAUCUGGUUGGAAGAACGUCCAUGGUGAUGUGUUCCGCCCACCUCAGUAUCCCAUGAUACUUAGCUCCCUGUUGGGAUCUGGCAUCCAGCUCUUCUGCAUGAUUCUCAUUGUUAUCUUUGUGGCUAUGCUGGGGAUGUUGUCUCCAUCCAGCCGAGGAGCUCUCAUGACAACAGCCUGCUUCCUCUUCAUGUUCAUGGGUUUAUUCGGAGGAUUCUUCGCAGGAAGACUCUACCGCACUCUUAAAGGCCACAGAUGGAAGAAAGGGGCUUUCUGUACGGCAACUCUGUACCCAGCUGCCGUCUUUAGCAUCUGUUUUGUUUUGAACUGUUUCAUCUGGGGAGAGCACUCUUCUGGCGCUGUGCCUUUCACUACAAUGCUGGCUCUGUUGUGUAUGUGGUUUGGUAUUUCUAUGCCUCUCGUGUACCUGGGCUACUAUUUCGGUUUCCGGAAACAACCGUAUGACAAUCCAGUUCGUACCAAUCAGAUCCCCCGUCAGGUCCCUGAGCAGCGCUGGUACAUGAACAAGUUUGUCGGCAUCCUGAUGGCGGGAAUCCUGCCGUUCGGCGCCAUGUUUAUCGAGCUUUUCUUCAUCUUUAGUGCUAUCUGGGAAAACCAGUUUUAUUACCUGUUUGGCUUCCUCUUCCUUGUCUUCAUAAUUCUUGUUGUUUCCUGCUCUCAAAUCAGCAUCGUGAUGGUGUACUUCCAGCUUUGUGCAGAGGACUAUCGAUGGUGGUGGAGGACGUUUCUCGUGUCCGGAGGUUCUGCCUUCUAUGUCCUAGUCUAUGCUGUUUUCUAUUUUGUCAAUAAGCUGGACAUUGUGGAGUUCAUUCCCUCUCUGCUGUAUUUUGGCUACACAACCCUGAUGGUUUUGUCUUUCUGGCUGCUAACGGGAACGAUUGGUUUCUACGCAGCAUACGUGUUCAUAAGGAAAAUUUACGCCGCAGUCAAAAUCGACUGAAAUAUGUCUUUCAGUUUUUUUUCCAUUUUUUUUCUUAUUUUUUUUUCUGUUUUGUGAAGCAAGCACUGACGUGUGUGAUUUGCUGGCGUGAGGCGCAGCAGCGCCCCCCUAUGGAUUGGAGGAAUGAACAGCGAUGUGUUUUGUACACCGUUUUCAAAACCUUUCUGUCCUGCUCUCUGCCUCAGCAAAGAUGUAGAGAAACAACAUGAACAGUUCCAUUUUUAAUGUCUGUAUAUCCUUUUGCACACACAACAUGGGCCAAAGUGUGUCGAUUGACUUUCUCUUUAUGUUUGGGUGGGGAUGUUGGAUUUUUGGGCUGGGUCUCAUCCUUUUGAAGACAUUGAGGGUUAAUUGCAUAUUAUAUCAUUUUACAAAUUAACUUUGUGUCCUUUUAAUAUAACGUUUAAUUUCAACUUGUUCCCAUGUCUUUGAUUCAGAACUGAGUUCUUGAAUGCUUGUUGUCUUGAGGUGUGUGUGUGUGUGUGAAUGUGUGGUCAUUGUGUUGGCAUGGAUUGGAAUUAUGGGAUGUAAAGACAUGACGAUGCAAGGACAUUAAAAAAAAAGAAGUAGAUUUCCUUGUUUCCUUGUGCUUGCUGGUCAUUAGACCUAAAAUACCCUUAUAACGAUGCAGUAUCACUUUAUUUCUGUUCAUUUGUUCCUUGCCAUUGAAAAAAAGGUCUGCUUUUUAUGGUCACGCAUUAAUUAGAUAUUUCAUUUUAACAGCUCCAUUUCAAAAUCUACAAUUUAUAAGCAUAUUCCCACUUCACAACAUAGUAUAAUACAUUUUUUGACAUGGCAUUUUUCUUUUAAACCUCUUUUUCUCAUGCCUUGAUGGUGGUAUUUCACCUAUGGACUAUUGCUGUAGCCACAAACGGAUGUAUCUUGGUGGAUUUACCCCAAAAUGCAAGGGUAUCAACACAAAUGUGUGCAAUAUGCCCGAGAGGUAGCAGUAUAUUUUCUUGCAUCCAUUGUGCUUUUUUUUUAGAUUUAUUUUGAAAUGGGUAUAUAAUUUUUAGGUCCCCCAAAUUCUGACCUAAAGUGAAGCAGCUGCAAGAUUCAGUAGUUUAAAACACUAUAGCAAAGUUUACCGGUCUUUAUAUCGUCUUCAAAUAUCAUCAUCAUACGCUUUGGUCAGUUUUUGGUUUGGUGGAUUCUGAAUUCACAGGUGACUUUAUGAAUAAAUGCAAGGACUACAGAAUAUAUUUUCUACAGAAGUACUUUAUUCUUCCUGUUGCGUGGGGUCGAUGGGUCUGUGUAUGUUAAUGGUGUAAAUACGGUGCUUUAUAUUGUUGCAUUUUAGGUUGUUUUUUUUUGUCGAGCUGUUUGUCCCCAUUAUGUCUUUGUUUUAGGCAGAAGCAUGUUCAUUUUUCUUUCCCUUUCUCUAAGAAUGUCCAUUUAUAAUGUAUAAAACAAUAAAAGUGCCAAUAUGUUGACAUUUGAAA